AUCGGUUGCCUCCAAUUCGCGCCCAAGCUGGGUGCGGUACAUGACAAUAUCCGCCAAGCAGACUCCCUGCUGGAGGGUACCUCAUCCUCUGAACUCGAUCUUCUGGUUUUACCAGAAAUGGCCUUCUCAGAGGCCGUUACACCUUUUCUAGAGCCAACAAGCAGUGGCCCUUCAGCAGAAUGGGCAAGACGUACAGCGGCUCGAUUGAACUGCAUAGUUGCCGUCGGUUACCCAGAAAUCACACCAGACGGAAAGCGUUACAACACGGUAGUCAGCAUAUCACCAGACGGAAGUGUAGCGGCUAGCUACAGGAAAACCUUCCUCUACUACACGGAUGAGACGUGGGCAUCUGAAGGCGACACUGGUUUCUACAACGGUACACUCGGUUCAAUCGGUCAAGCCUGCAUGGGCAUCUGUAUGGAUAUAAACCCUCGCCGCUUCGAAGCACCCUGGUCGGCAUACGAAUUCGCAACUCACUGCGUGGCUUCGGAUACACCUCUGGUCGUUCUAUCAAUGGCUUGGUUGACAAGACUUCUGCCUCAACAGCUACAUGAGACUGGCAUGCAGCCGGAUCUUGAGACACUGAGUUAUUGGUUGGAGAGGUUCGUGCCAGUGGUACAGAGCGAAAGAGAUGGUGGAAUUGUAGUAGUCAUGGCCAACAGAUGUGGCACUGAGCCUGGCAUGGUAGCAGGAGUCAGUCAAGGUAUUGAUGAUGAGGGUCAAGAGGUUGUGGGAUACGCGGGGACCAGCUGCGUGCUGAUGGUCGAACAAGGAGAAGUCAGAAUCUUUGAUAUCUUGGGAAAGGCCGAGGAGAGGUUGCUCAAGAUCGAUACUACGGAGGUAAGUCGGUUUAUGUCUGAAGACACUACAUCAGCAUCUCUGACUUGA